GACGGUCUACAGCGCUCGGCACGAUCCGACCAUAAGAAAGAUUAUGAGUUGGCGCUCCGCGGAGAAUUCGAAUUACCAAAUCGUAUUGUUUCGCAAAGAUUUCUGAAUCAAAUCGCGCGACGACCAUUGUUUUGCAUUGUUCGCGCAAAUAACGGCAAUCAAAGCUAAUUGAAAUUGUAAAAGUAACGGACACUGAUAUACGUACAUAUCUUGGCCGCCGUACUUAAAUUCCGUUGCAAGUGUCCCCACCGUCGUCGUCGUCGUCGUCGUCGACUCGUGGUCAAAACGAAAGCAACGUCAGCGGAAGAGAGAGAGAGAAAUCAAAACUACAAAGACCAAAAACUAUAAACCGACCAAAAACUAAAAAAGAUCAAAUUCGUGGGUGUUUUUUCGUGUGAAAAACUGGCGCUAAAAUACCCCCUAUAAGGGGCCAAUUAAAAUAUAUUAAAAAAAAACCUCAACGAGAGAAAGAGAAUAGCUGGAAAACUAAGACAGAAUGAGUGCCAACCGAAGAAGACAGAGCAGUUUCUUCUGCGCGAAGACGGCAACAACCGAGGAGAAGACGGCAAAAAGAGUCAGUGCAAGAGCUGCAGCAACUGCAACUGAAAUUGCACCAUGCAAAGAGCAGCUUUCUCUACCGACUGCUGAUGAGGAUUUACUGGAAAUGCCUCGCAUUUGCCGCUGCUGUUGCAAACGGGAUUUGGAAUUACUCGGCUUAUUCGAGGCCAGCCAGCCAACAUUGGCCAACACAUCAGCAUCGAACAAAUACAAAUCAUCGGGAACAUUAGCAAAAACAUGUGCGACAGAAGCAGAAGCAGAAACCGAAACUCCAGAGACAUUGUCCGCAAAUCCAGUAAAUCCCGGCACUAAAGCUACAUCAUCUCCAUCAGAAGCAGCUACAGCUACAGCAACGGCUACAGCAAUGUCCGCAUUUUCAACCACACCCUCCUCCACAUCUCCCAUGAGGCGUCGCACCACUGCUACCAACACCACCACCACCACCACCACAACACCCACUGCACCGCCAGCCCCUCGUGGACGGAGCAGCGAUAAUGCCGUCGACUACACCCUCAGCGGAGCCCACAGCAGCAUGGACAUUGUCCUCGAGGAGAUGACCAUUUGGAUGCUCAAUAUAAAUCGCGACGAUGGACUGCCGCAAGAAAUCUGCCGGCAGUGCAUGGCCCAGUUUUUGAUGCUGGCCAAGUUCCGGCGGAAAUGUGUACGGAUGCAACAGCGCCUGCAGGACUUUGCCCAGGAGAUAUCCGACCGCCAGACGGCCAGACAAGCGAAGCGUCAGCAAAAAGUCCAAAAGAAGAGUCAGAGUCAGGACAGUGAGGCCUUCACAUCCACAUCCACAUCCACAUCGACAUUCAGCGGGGAACCCCUGACCGUGCCCUUGCGAAAGCGCCGUAUGGUAUCGGAAUCCGAUUCCGGAGAAUCGGCUUCAGCAGCUGUUGCAGUGAAGCAGGUGCGCACGGAAUCGGAGGAUUUACCGCCACCCAAGCCGAGUCCAGUGCCACUUCGUCUGCGCAAAUAUCGCACCUUCUCCAUUGGCUGUGAAAUGGAGCGUCCCUCCAUCGAUGCCAGCAGCAUGCCCUGGAAGACGAAGGCGGCCCGCAAGCAACUUUCGGAGACCUGGUCAUCGUCCCGCUGCUCCCCGGAGCUCCUCAUCCCCUCGCCAUCGCGCCAACGCAGCAGCACCAGCAGCAGUGAGCACACAAGCGACCUGUCCGUGGGUCCAUGUUGUGGCUUCGAGAGCGACAGCAAUCCCUCCUCCUCAACCGCCUUCAGUGCCGCACCGAACAUCGGUGUUGUGGUGAGGUCCCCCCCGAAGGCAAAACCCUCGUCGCCAGUCAAUGAUUUAUUGCCCCGCAGGGGUCGGCGUCCGAGGAAUGCGCCAAUAUACCAUCCCCCCAAACGACAACGACGAUCGCUGGUUAGAAGGGAGCCGUUGAAGCGAAAAGUUAUGACAGAACAAGUUAACACAGAGAAAAGAAAGUCUGAUCAAAACGAUAUUUAUCCGCCGGAACCGAAGGUGGAGAACUUGGCCCCAUCCUGCGAUGAGGCCAUCGACAGCACAUCCGAUGCACCAAAGGAAGGACCAUCGAAUGUGGUCCAAGAGGAAUGUAAUCCAAUUAAUUCAAACAAAGUUUGUGGUGAUAUAAGCCAGGGUGAAAAGGAGAAGGAAAUCACAUCGAAUGGUUUGAUAGAGAGUUCCAACCAGGUGCAAGCUGUAGAAGAAGAUAAAGCGCCCAAUGGCGUUGAGGAACUGGUUCAAGUCGAGGAAGAACUACCUAAAGCUGAUCUAAAUGUCCUCAGACAUCCUUGUACUGAUGAAAAUGAUGAAAUUACUGGAACCUACCGGGAGUUACUGGAACAGUUCGAAGCCACCACCGCUCCCAAUGAAUAUGCUUCAGAUGAUCUCCCCAUUAAAGAGGAAAUCCAAUCCAUUUUGAAUGUCAUCAAAGCUGAAGCCGAUCUAGUGCAAUCCGGGGAACUGACCUCAUCCACGGAACCCAGUGAAUUGCAACCGCAAAUUGUUGAGCAGCUGGUAACUGUGGAGCAGCAAGCAUUUGCUAUGGAACAGCAGGAAUCCAUGGAGCAACCGGUGAGAUCUGUAGACCAACCUGACUCAGUGGAGCAGCCGGAGAUCAUUGUGAGCAUACCGCUGGAGGCCCUUGACGAGAAUCUACAGCGUCGCCUUUGCUUGGAUCCCGAAACCGAGGAGUCGCCGAAUCGCGAAUCUGCCACGCCCAAGGAUCUGCCCAUGCAGCCCGAUGACGUCAAUAACAAUGAGAACGAUGAAAAUUUUUGCCAGAGUGCUACAGCAGAUAGCUUCAAUUCUGCUGUGGCACUCAGAACCGAUCAAAUUGAAGCAUUACCACCGGGGGAAACGGAUGAGACGGACGCGGAUGAGGUGCAGGUGGUGCGAUCUGGACCCACGCCCAUGGAUUUUAUGGCCGAGUUUGCCAAACACUGUGCAAACGGCAUUGAGCAGCUGAAGGCCACCACUCCAGUGGCAUCGCCCACGCCCUCGGACCUGCUGCCCCUUAAUGAUCUGGAUGCUAAGCAGAAACUAGAGGUGGAGAUGAACGACGUGGAGAACACUCUUAAUGGCAUCCUUAACGAGAUGCAGGACCAGCACAUGUACACACCGACUUGUGCCCACAUUGAUGAGUUUCUCACUCCCGCCGAUUAUGCUCCAAUGACGGAGCAAGAGACGUCCGUUUCAUCGCCGCCCAAUCCUUUCGAACAGAGUCCACGUGCCGAACCGGAGGCCAAACCCAAUGCCUCCGAUGAUCCCUUCGAUAACAGCAACUUUAGCAGCGAACUGAUUGGCUUCCAGAACGAUAUUCCCUGCUUUGAGAAUAUUGAAACCACUACAGAACAGGGACAGAACCUGCAUUUAGAGCUUACUCAGUUCCUAAGGGAUCUUCAGCCGGCACAACCAAAUCAGCAGCCCCAGGAGCAAGGCGCCAAGACCCAAGUUGAGACACAGGAGACUGUCCAGAUGGAAGUCCAAGCCUCCAACCUCCAGAUGCAACCUGAUAUUCAGGCUCAAAAUGAGUCUGCCGAUCCUUCUCCGAACGAAUCUCCCAUAUCAUCACCUCAAGUCGGGUCCCAAAUUGAAAUACAGAUGGAACCUGAAAUUGAGACUCAGCUGCAACACGAAAUUCUGACAGUGCAGACUCCACAACAAAAUCAGCCUGAAGUACAAUCUCAUGACCAAUCUCAGAUCCCACCGCAGAUAGUGCCUCAGAUUCAAGUCCAAAACCAUCAUGAGCAAACAUUACAAAUCGUGCCGCAUGGCCAGCAACAAGUGGUUGCUCAAAUGCAUCCCCAGAUGCAGCUUCAGUCCCAGAUAGUGCCCCAUGUCCAGACGCGGGGCACUACGACGACAGUCACCUACGAGCAGAUCUAUCAGCAGCACAUUGUCCAGCAGACGGUGCAGCAAUCCUCCAACAAGAUGCAGGUCAUCUCGCUGCCCUCGGGUGGAUCGGAAAGAAGGCAGUGGAAGACACAGCAGUCGCAACAGCAGCAGCAGCUCCAGUGGUCAACGGUGGGCGGACUGGAGGCCAUUAAGAGUGCCCCCGUCGAUAGUGUUUCACCCACAACUACAACAUACUACAUCAGUGCCGGCGAUCUGUAUCCGCAGCAGGGUGAAACUUACACUAUGCUGCAGCCGGCACCCAAAGACAGCUACAUGAUCGAGCACGUGAAUCACCACCACCACCAGCAGCAACAUCGUCAGCAGCAGCAUCACCAGCAGCAAAUUCAACUGGCCCAACAGCAACAUCACCAGGCGCAGCAACAACCGAUUAUGAUACUGAUUCAGCAACAAGAUGUUCAGAAACCGGUGGCCUCAGCCAGCAAUCCUCGACAGGCACCAAUGCACGCCUACAGAAACGAUAUCCAUCAACUCCAGAACACGCAACACCAACAGGUACGGCAGCAAUAUUACCGUCAGCAGCAAUAUCAGCCGCAACAGGGAACGCAGCAGCAACAGUCGCAACAAAGUCGAGUCGUACAAAGCCAUCCAGUAUUGGGAAUGCCGGGAGCCACUUCUAUUUCCACCAAAGUGACCCCUAUUCCCGCCACAACGCCCAAGGGCAGGGCCCUGACGCUCAAGUGCCGCUUCUGCCAUAACGGACCGCGAUUCUCCAGCAGCCUGGAGUACAGCCGACAUAUCAUCGAUCUGCAUCCGGCGGUGGCGCCAUUCAACUGUCCACACUGUCCUCUCGCAUUUGCCGGCCGGACCAAGCGAUCGCAGCACAUCCUUAGCCACCAUGUGGUGCAGCAGUAUCAAUGCGGCCAGUGCUCUCAGGUGUUCCCGGCCCAGAAGGCUCUGGACAUUCACAUCCAGCGUUUCCACAUGCAACUGAAGACAGAAUCUCAGGGGGCUGUGAGUGUGGAGGACGUUCAGCUGGAGAUCACCGGAGAUCGGAGGCGGGGUAGACCGUAUAAACCAAGGUUGCAGCAACAGCAGCAUCAGCUGCAACCACAGCAUCAGCUACAAGUACUACAGCAGCAGCAGCAGCAGCAACAACAACAGCAACAACAACAACAACAUCAGGAGCAGCAGCAACUGCAGCAGUUACAGCCGCAGCAGCAACAACAGCAUUCGUUGCAAGUGCAGCAUCCACAGCAACAGCCGAUAAUGCAGCCGCAAUCGCCCCAUCCAUCAACAAUGGAAAUCCAGGCCAGCCCAACAACGCCACGAAAGAUUCUCUGCUGUCCCGAUUGCGAAGACUGCACUUCCGGCCACAACCACGGCCACAGCCACGGCCACGAGCAGUGCGAGGAGCAGGCGGUACUGCAGGCUCCGACAACGGUCCUCACUCCGCCCUCGACCAUAGUCUCGGCUCCGUCGCCGCAGCCCAUGAUGUACUCGCAGCACAUAACAAUGCCGUCACCGGAACAAUCCGAGCCAGAUUCCACGACCACGUUGCGACAGUACCGCAAGCGUGGCGUGAUCGUUGGGCCACAGGGUCCGCUGCAUUUGGCCACACCAGUGGCCUCACCCUCGCCGUCGUCGUCACCCUCCUCGUCGACGGUGGACCAUGCGCCGCCAGCCUCCCCGGCGCCGCCCGCUUCUCCGGCUCCGCCUCCAUCACCAGCCCCACCCACGGUGCAGAUGAACGAGUUGCGAGCGUGCCACCAGUGUCUGUACUGCGAGGAGCGAUUCACCAAUGAGAUUGCCCUGAAGAAGCACCAUCAGCUGGCGCACGGAGCCCAGACAACGAUGCCUUUCGUGUGCACCAUCUGCAAGCGUGGAUAUCGCAUGCGAACGGCUCUGCACCGACACAUGGAGUCGCACGACGUGGAGGGACGACCAUAUGAGUGCAACAUUUGUCGCGUGCGUUUCCCACGACCAUCGCAGCUGACGCUGCACAAGAUCACGGUGCACUUACUCUCGAAGCCGCAUACCUGCGACGAGUGCGGCAAACAGUUUGGGACGGAGAGUGCCCUGAAGACGCACAUCAAGUUCCAUGGUGAGCUCGGUUACCAGUGCGACGGGUGCGAUCGGACAUUCGAGUAUCUGAAAGAAUUGCGCAAGCAUCGACGCACCCACAGCGAGAUGUUUUACAAAUGCAAGUUUUGCCCAAGCUCCUUUGUGCGAUUCACGGGUUAUCGGGCCCACAUGAAAACCCAUUUGCCACUGGGCGUAUUUAUCACCGAGGAAGUCGCAUCAAAGUCACCCAGCAACAAUAAUAGCACCACUAGCAAUGAUAAGGUGCUGGAUCCAUCCACAACACCCAUCGAGGAGACCCCUUUGACGCCGAUGAGCAGCGGUGGACACGUGUACAACAGCCCCGAUGAAUACCCCAAUUCGGUGGAAAGCUGUGCUGGCAACAGCCUGGCUUUGGAUACAAUUGCCACGACGCCAUAACCCAGGGGGCCGGAUUAUUAUUUAGUUUUCAACGCUUUAGUUAUAAGAACUCACGAGCAACCUAGCCAAACAAUAACGGCGCCUUCCUACACUAUCACCACAUUCUGUGGCAAAUAGCUUCCAUUCUUCCCAUUGGAGAGCCAAACAACAAAUAGCUCUAAUUAACAAAAAAAAGAA